AUCAAAUAAUCAAAUCUAUUAUUUAAACGCCCUCAUUCAAAAUAAGCCCCCUCUUUUCACCCGCCUGCAUUAGCUCUCAGAAGAGUGAACCUUGACCAAGAAGCACUAGCACGGGUGUCAGAGCGUAGAUCCAUGUUAUGUGUGAUGGACAGGCGCAUGAUUUUUAUUUGACUUUCUUUAGGUCUUCUCUUCAAUUACAGGUGUUGCUGCGCUGGACGCAAUCCACUUUAAAUUGUUUAAUACAGGCUUCAGAAGAACUGCAUUUCCUGAGCAAAGCCAGCGGAAUGUAAAAGCUGAUUACCAAACUACUUAAGCUCUCAGUGCUACUUACAGUUUUACAAUAGUGUUGACAUCACAUUUCGUAUUAUCAUUUUCUUUUCCCAUUUCUGGCGUCAAACAACCAGGCUACAGAGGGGCAACCUAUGUGCAUAAAAGAGAGAGACAACUUCACGUCCGAGAUAUGUAUUUGAUAUGUAGGGCCUACGUGACCUGUUCUUGAUAUGGAGCUCCAGUUGAUGUAGGCUACAUCCCAACAACAUUUGUGUGAAGACAUCUUCAAAGCCAUCCAUGUGCUAACUUCUACGAGAUUGUUUUGAAGAACCAAUCAUUGCUGACUCAAAUUAGGAAUUCUGGCUUUAAGUGUGUUCAUCAGAAUCACAAUCGGCUUUUUUGGCCAAUGUUCUUGCUGCUCUGCUGUGUACUGUCGGACUAAAGACGUGACUGAGGCCAGACACUCGGUCCAAGCAUGGCGUUCGGAGAGCUGCUAGAGCAGGUGGGCAGCACCGGCCGCUACCAGGUGAUGCACGUUAGCCUCCUCUGCUUGCCCGUGCUGAUGAUGGCCAGCCACAACCUGCUGCAGAACUUUGUGGCCUCCGUGCCGCCACACCACUGCGCCACUCAGGCCAACCUGUCGCUUCACACGCUCACCAGGGAGCAGGUGCUGCGCGUCACCGUUCCCCUGGAUGACAUGGGCAAGCCAGCACGAUGCCAGCGCUUUGCCACGCCUCAGUGGGGCCUCUUGAACGUGACGGAUGAGGAGGCUGAGGAGGAAGUCGCCUAUGCGGACACUCCUGACGUGGAGGUGCAAGAAUGCCAGGAUGGAUGGCAAUAUAAUUUUACAGAGAGAAGUUCUACUAUUAUUUCAGAGUGGAAUCUGGUUUGUGAUCAGCGCUCACUAAAACAGAUGGGGCAGACCAUUUACAUGGGAGGAGUGCUCAUCGGUGCUGUUAUAUUUGGGGGACUCUCAGACAAAUUUGGAAGGCGUUACUUGCUGAUAUUCUCCAAUCUCUUGAUGGCAGUGUCAGGGACAUGCACUGCCUUUGCUACAUCCUUCUCCCUCUUCUGCCUCUUCCGUUUUGGCUGCGGAAUGGCCCUCUCUGGACUUGUGCUCAACACCCUUUCUCUGAUUGUGGAGUGGAUCCCAACACGAGUGCGGACGGUCGUGGGCACAGGGACGGGUUACAGUUACACCUUCGGGCAGCUGGUGCUGGCACUAAUGGCAUAUUAUAUCCGCGACUGGCGCUGGCUCACUUUGGCUGUGUCGAUACCAUUUUACUUCGUCUUCAUUUACUCCUGGUGGUUUUUGGAGUCUGCCAGGUGGCUCGUUUUAAAUGGGAAUUCCGAACAAGCAGUGAAAAACCUCCAAGUUGUUGGUCGAAUCAAUGGUCGCCGUGCAGAGGGAGAAAAAAUUACUCUUGAGGUCCUCCAGGAGUCCAUGAAAAAAGAGAUGUCAUGUGUCGGACAAUCAUAUUCGGCUCUGGACUUGGUCCGGACUCCUGUGAUGAGGACCAUCACUGUCUGCCUCAGUGCCGUCUGGUUCUCCACAAGCUUUGCCUACUAUGGACUUUCCAUGGACCUGCAGAAAUUUGGAGUGGACAUUUACCUGAUUCAGGUCAUCUUCGGAGCUGUGGACAUCCCUGCAAAAGUAAUCGUCACAGUGGCCAUGAGUGUAGUUGGUCGCCGACCCUCCCAGUGUGCAGCACUUAUCUUGGCUGGCAUUGCCAUUCUUGCCAACCUGUUGGUGCCCUAUGAGAAACAGACGAUGCGCACUACUCUGGCUGUGUUGGGGAAAGGCUGUCUGGCAGCUUCAUUCAACUGCUGCUAUCUCUACUCUCCAGAACUAUACCCUACAGUCAUUAGGCAGAAUGGCAUGGGCUUUGCUUCCAUGACAGCACGAUUAGGAGCUAUGGUGGCCCCUAUGGUCCAGUUAUUAGGGGAAAUUUUUCCUUGGCUACCCGGGCUAAUUUAUGGGGGAGUUCCUAUCCUAAGUGGCUUUUUUGCCAUCUUUCUGCCUGAAACUCUGGCCUCCCCUUUACCAGAUACAAUUCAAGAUGUGGAGGAAAGGGGUUACAGGAAAAACACCAAAGACUCUUCUAAAAAGGAGGAACCAACUACAGAAAACAAUGCAACCACACCUCUGAAGGAUGGUGCCUGAACUUUUGCACCUGCUGUCAGGUGAAAACCUCUAUCUCCAACUCCAAAUAAUUAUCAGGAAAUUGAGAAAAAAGCCUUGUUUAAAAAAAAAAAAAAAGAAUCCAACAGUGUGCCAAAACAAAAGAGAGAGAGAUACAAGGUUUCCACCCGACAGCAGUGUUUGGGUGUUUUUGCCAUCAGUUUCACUGCUAUGUGGAAUCUGUGUGAGAAAACAAUUAUGAAUUGUUGAUAUUUUGUUAUUCCAUAUAUUAUAAUUGUUAUUUGUAUUUAGGCUAUACACUACUGUACCAAAUGCCUUAUUCAAAAGAUGUAUAUACUGAAUGAUUUAUACCUCACUGACAAGUUAUUAUUAUGUUAAAUCCUUUUUGUUUUGAAUCAUUUUUCAUAUACUUCAUUUGUAACAUUAAUCAAAUUAUUAUCUCUCUCUCUCUCUCUCUCUCUCUCUCUCUCACACACACACACACACACAAAUAUUUUGUGUAGCAUACAAUUAUUAUUAAUAUACUAGGAUAUGUAAAAAACCCAAUAAUCAAAAACGGAGUGUGACAACGGAAAAGGGUCUCUUAGCUAUUUUGAGUAGAUGACUAGGCCUAAUAUUAAACAGAAAUAAUAAUUAAAAUGUUUUUUUAACAGUGA